CCUGAGCGUGGCGACCGCCGACCCAGGCGGUCCCUGGGUGCCCGCCCUGUUAUCUGGGGCUGGGCGCCGCCUCUGCUUCGGGGGUGCCGGGUCCCCUGGAUGCACACUGCCUGCCUCUCCGGGUGUCAGGGCCGGUUAGCUCCCCGGGUCUGGGUGAAGCCUCCCGAGCCCACUCUCCUGCUGUUGCUGAGCUCCUGGCGCGGGCAGGGCACGCGCCUGUUUUUCUGAGUGGUAGCUGCUUUUUGGUGCAGGGGCUGUAACCUCCCCCAGGAUUAGCCUCCUGCCCUUUUGGUGAAGGUUCUCCACGCCAGGGGUUGUGCCUUCCCUGAGUCUGAGACAUCUGUUUUGGGUGUUGUCACCCCAGGAGCCAAGAGCCCCUUCCCCUUCGGUAUUCUGGAGAGAACUCUUCCUAUGAGGGUGUGAUUGUCCCAUCAUCGAGUUUAGGAAGUUGUAGAAUAUGGGCUUGCAGGCCACUCAGCUGUCACCCCACAGGGAUGGAAAACCUCUCAGACCUAAGGCUUCUGAUGGGAGAGGUGGCUUUUCUCUCUAGGGUUGUGCUUUCUUUCCAGGGUAAGGAGUUUGUCUUGGUUUUGCCACUCCCAGGAAUAAGGUCCCUGCUUUCUUUGGUGUUGACAUUGUCCCCUCUCCUGGUUUUGAGGUGUCCAUGCCCCCAUGUGUCUUCACUAGUGAGACUAAGGACCCCCUUGGGUUGGGGUGCCCUUGGCCAGUGCUUCUCAUCUCUGACCUUGUAAUCACAAAGACCUUGCUGUGGGUCCCACUCCAUUGUGGGAGUAUGAGGUGCCUGAGACUGGAGAUACCUCAUGUGACCACCUUCCCAGGGAAUAGAGUGCUCUGCUAUAACUCCAUGGUGGGAAUUCCCAUACCUACCCUUGGUGUUGGGCUCUCCCAGGGAAUAUAACUACCUCCACCCAUGACCUGCCACCCUGGUGCCUGCAUCUUCCCCAAAUUGAGACUUGCCUUGUGACACUGCUCACCAGAGCUCCUUGUCUAGAGUGUAAGCUCUCCUAGAUCAAAGGCACUUUGCACCGAGAUCUCUGUAUGAGCAUGUGAUGGCCCCAGGAUUAGGGACUAAGCUUUGUGCCCCUCAUGGCGCCUGAGGUGAAGUUCUGGGGCCUCUUUGUUAUUGGCUUCCCUGCUCUGGUGUGUGGCUCAUCCCUCCUGCCCCCUCAGUGUGAGCUCCUAACUUGGUGAUGAACAUGAGAUCCUUGUGGUUGGGCCAGUUCUGGGCCAAGAGUCCCACAUUCUUCAGUUCUGUCUCAGACCCCACUGUCUGAGCACAUGUUUGGUGUGAAGGCACCCCUUCUUCACAGGCCCUGAAGUAGUUAACUCCUGGAGGGGUCUCGGGGAAGCCUUGGAUGAGGAUCCUCUGGUGGCGUCUUCACCUCCGUGCUGCACACCAGCCUCGUUUCUCUUUGUACCUUUGCUGGGGAUGGGGCAUCUGGUGUGCAGGCAUCCUCUUGGGGGCGGGGGUUCUUUGUGGGGAGAGCACUGAGCUGAGACUCCAGCAUCCCAGGGAGGAGUACCCUGGGCCUGUGGCACUUGCCCCUUCUCUUGUGGAGAUGCUUUUCCCCCAACCAGGUAUUGUCCACACCAGUAGCAGCUGUGCCCACCUUGAUGUCAGAAGCACUGCCCCAGCACCGUCCCGCUCCUCUGGCUCCUUGCUUCUGACUCCUUCAGGACUUGCGCCUCCUUGGUGCCACAGCAUGGUCCCUCCUGGAGGGUAUCAGCUCCUCCCCUGACUAAGGUCCCAACCCCUUUGGUAUGGGAUUUGGGGGAGGGCGUCACUUCAUUAAGGUGUAGAGUGCCUUAUUUAGGAAUGUGAACCAUGAGAUGACUUCUCCCUCCAGCCUCUGACCCUCUGUUGCACACUUGGGUGGAAGGAGGGAGUGUAAAGUCUUGUAAAGUCUUGUCCCUGAUGAAGUAGGGGCUUUUCUGUGCUGGCGUGUUGGAGCCAGUACUCACUCUUGGUCAACAUCCCUGCAUGCUGCAUUUUGGUGUCUGGGCCCUGGUAGAAGGACGCUGGAUCAAAGCGUCUGUCUCCAAGGGAGUAUGAAGAGAGUGCGUCUGUAGGGCAGGGAAGAUGGCGGACAAGCGCAAACUCCAAGGUGAGAUUGAUCGCUGCCUUAAGAAGGUGUCCGAGGGUGUGGAGCAGUUUGAAGAUAUUUGGCAGAAGCUCCACAACGCAGCCAACGCGAACCAGAAAGAAAAGUAUGAGGCUGACCUAAAGAAGGAGAUUAAGAAGCUACAACGGCUGAGGGACCAGAUCAAGACAUGGGUAGCAUCCAAUGAGAUCAAGGACAAAAGGCAGCUUAUUGACAACCGCAAGCUUAUCGAGACGCAAAUGGAACGGUUCAAAGUUGUGGAAAGAGAGACCAAAACCAAAGCCUAUAGCAAGGAGGGCCUGGGCCUGGCGCAGAAGGUGGAUCCCGCCCAAAAGGAAAAGGAAGAGGUUGGCCAGUGGCUCACGAAUACCAUCGACACCCUAAAUAUGCAGGUGGACCAGUUUGAGAGUGAAGUGGAAUCGCUGUCAGUGCAAACGCGCAAGAAGAAGGGCGACAAGGAUCAGAAGCAGGACCGGAUUGAGGGCUUGAAGCGGCACAUCGAGAAGCACCGCUACCACGUGCGCAUGCUGGAGACCAUCCUGCGCAUGCUGGACAAUGACUCCAUCCUCGUGGAUGCCAUUCGCAAGAUCAAGGAUGAUGUUGAGUACUACGUUGACUCCUCUCAGGACCCUGACUUUGAGGAGAAUGAGUUCCUCUAUGAUGACCUGGAUCUCGAGGACAUUCCACAGGCGCUGGUCGCCACCUCCCCCCCCAGCCACAGCCACAUGGAGGACGAGAUCUUCAACCAGUCCAGCAGCACGCCCACCUCAACCACCUCCAGCUCUCCCAUCCCCCCCAGUCCAGCCAAUUGCACCACGGAGAACUCUGAAGAUGAUAAGAAGAGAGGACGCUCGACAGAUAGUGAAGUCAGCCAGUCUCCAGCCAAAAAUGGUUCCAAGCCUGUCCACAGCAACCAGCAUCCCCAGUCCCCAGCUGUGCCACCCACCUACCCCUCUGGUCCCCCGCCUGCCGCCUCUGCCUUGAGCACCACCCCUGGCAACAAUGGGGCACCUGCCCCAGCAGCACCCCCAAGUGCCCUGGGCCCUAAGGCCAGUCCAGCUCCCAGCCACAACUCGGGCACCCCGGCCCCCUAUGCUCAGGCUGUGGCCCCACCAGCCCCCAGUGGGCCCAGUGCUACCCAGCCCCGACCCCCCAGUGCCCAGCCUGGCGGGGGUGGUGGUGGCGGUGGUGGAGGGAGCGGCAGUAAUAGUAACAGCAGCACAGGUGGAGGGGCUGGCAAGCAGAACGGUGCCACCAGCUACAGCUCAGUCGUGGCAGACAGCCCUGCAGAGGUGGCCCUGAGCAGCAGUGGGGGCAACAGUGCUAGCAGCCAGGCCCUGGGUCCGGCCUCAGGUCCCCACAAUCCACCUCCCAGUACCUCGAAAGAAUCCAGUGCGGCAGCCCCAACAGGGGCUGGCGGUGUGGCCCCAGGCUCAGGGAACAACUCAGGGGGACCCAGCCUUCUAGUGCCACUGCCUGUGAACCCCCCCAGCUCCCCAACGCCCAGCUUCAGUGAGGCCAAGGCAGCUGGUGCUCUGCUUAAUGGACCACCGCAGUUCAGCACCACCCCAGAAGUCAAGGCUCCUGAGCCUCUGAGCUCCCUGAAGUCCAUGGCAGAGCGGGCAGCCAUCAGCUCUGGUAUUGAGGACCCUGUGCCAACGUUACACCUAACGGAGCGAGACAUCAUCCUGAGCAGCACAUCAGCACCUCCGGCCUCAGCCCAGCCACCCCUGCAACUGUCAGAGGUGAACAUACCACUGUCGCUGGGCGUGUGUCCACUGGGGCCAGUGCCCCUCACCAAGGAGCAGCUCUACCAGCAGGCCAUGGAGGAGGCUGCCUGGCACCAUAUGCCCCACCCCUCUGACUCCGAGCGCAUCCGGCAGUACCUACCCCGGAACCCUUGCCCGACGCCCCCCUACCACCACCAGAUGCCGCCCCCACACUCGGACACCGUGGAGUUCUAUCAGCGCCUGUCGACUGAGACGCUCUUCUUCAUCUUCUACUAUCUGGAGGGCACUAAAGCACAGUACCUGGCAGCCAAGGCCCUAAAGAAGCAAUCAUGGCGAUUCCACACCAAGUACAUGAUGUGGUUCCAGAGGCACGAGGAGCCCAAGACCAUCACCGAUGAGUUUGAGCAGGGCACCUACAUCUACUUUGACUACGAGAAGUGGGGCCAGCGGAAGAAGGAAGGCUUCACCUUUGAGUACCGCUACCUGGAGGACCGGGACCUCCAGUGACACCGGCCCCCUCUACCUGACCCUUCCCCCGCAUGCUGAUCCCCCUGCCCAGGUGAGGGCCCUGCCCUGGAAGACUGGGGAGGCCCCAGGCCAUGGGGCACCCCCUCCCCCAGGAAGCAGGGAGAGGGCCGGGAGGUUUUCUCUUCCUCUCAGCCCCACCCUGGGGGCCCCGGGGGCGAGGGCUGCCCCCUCCUCCCCUCCCCAGUGAGGGACAUUUUUUGGUAAACCUAUUUUCAUUUUGGAAAAUAUUUAUGAAUAAAUAGUUUUAUAUGA